AUGUCUUCGCAGAAACGACUCUUCGAUUCGUUGAGCGGUAACCUCGGCGAAAUCAACCGGAUUGUUUCCGAAUAUGCAUCGAGCUCAGGUUCAAACGGUGACCUUGUCAUUCCCCGCGAGCAUGUCGCUACCCUAAUCAAUGUACUCGAAGUAGCCCAAGGCAAAAUUACCCGUCUUGUAAAAAAGGCUAAGCGACCAGAACAAAAGUUCAGCGACCCUUUAUGGCAACUUCUUGACAACCAUACAUGCGUCGAGCUCACUGGAUUUUCAAAGAUUGUUGUGGAGGAAAUUGCAGACGCUCUUACAGCCAUUGAUGUUCACAGCGCUUGUGGCCACCGCAUUGGUCGCCGCGAGGCUCUUUCUAUCACCCUAUGCAAGUUUCACAGAGACUGUGCAACUGGAGACUUUCUCGAAACUUCAUUUGGCCGUCCGGCCUCCGUCAUAUCAAAAGUUGUGAACCAUGUUAUCACAGCCGUCAUGGGUGCUUAUCGCAACCUUUUAUCUCUAGGCUCAAACCCCUAUCUCUGUGAGGAGCGUGUACGUUCCUAUGCAGCAAUGGCCCGGCUUGAAAAACCUCCAUCUCCUGCAGGUUCCAUUCCAUACUAUGUUAAAGAUGACCGACCGCACUCCGCUAAAGAACUUAAACUUGCUGAACAACGCGACCACAUUUUUGCGUCCCUAAGCACUCGCAAAAUCCGUGUUCACGUUCCUAUCAAAGAAGACUGGGAACCAUACAUUGACCCAGAAACACGCAGUUAUAUCAUCAGAUAUGUCUCCGUGGUCGCUCCUGAUGGUCUUACCAUUGGUCUUUAUGGUCAAUGUCCUGGCCAAGUCACCGAUGUCGGCGUUUUGCACCAAAAGCUUGCAAGCAGAGACUUGGCCCGGUUUUCUUAUCAAAAAAAGACCGAAAACGGCACCGUUGGCGAUGAAAAGGAACAGUUUUAUCUUUACGCUGGAUGGAUGUUUGACGCUGUUGAAGACGACGUUGAUCUCUCUGAGGGAAUCAUCACAUCUAAGAUGCUCACCCAAGAUUAUCUUGAAAGCAACAACUUAGCACAGAAAUUUGUCAUUGGACCAAACCUCGAACCUAACUCUGGUGACAUGCUCUACCGCUGUGGUGCUUGCCGCCGCAGUCUCAAGUACCAACUUGACGACCCAGAUACCUGGCGUACACCCAACAAUCUCGCCACCUACACAGGGUCUUUCGAGGUUCAGCACUGGUGGUCAGAAAAGCGAACCCGCGACCGCAUGCGUCAACCUGGCGAAGACGAUUUUUUGUGGCGAUUAAAGUUUGUUUCGUUCAGCGCUGGGGAAGAUAUCCAAGAAAAAUGGUGCUCUAUGUCUCAAAACCGCAGUCUCGACUACUCACAGCGUCACGUUGACGACAAGAUUAGGUUCUGUGUCCUUUUCCUUAACAUGGUUCGGUGUGUCAACCGCACGCGCUCCGAGUUUGACGCACUCCCGCCAACUCUUCACUCCUAUCUCGAUCGCGUCCGUUCAAAAACUGCAAAUGAUAGCGACCCUAUUGCCCCCCCAGAAAUUGAUCGCGGAUCGGAGGACUUCAUUCAGGAAUGGGGUGGAAUUCCGCCUCCCUCAAAGCGCGAAUUGCGCCAUAUCCCACCUCGGUGUAGGGGGUAA